AUGUCGCUGUCGCAUUUCCUACAAUAUUUAGCUACCGGUGACAGCCACCAAAGUAUUGCUUUUUCUUUUCAAACGGGACGAUCAACUGUUUCAAAAAUUAUAAAAGAAGUGUAUCAAGAAAUUUGGAACAAUCUACAUCCAACUUAUUUACCUGCACCUACUGAACAGAUAUGGAAUGAAGCUGUGGAGGGAUUUUCAAAAGUUUGGGGAUUUCCUAACUGCCUAGGAAGCAUUGAUGGAAAGCACAUUAAAGUAAAAUGUCCUAAUAAUAGUGGCUCAAGUUAUUUCUGCUACAAAAAUUUUUUUUCCAUCGUUCUCUUAGCAGUAGUAGACCCGUUUUACAAGUUUAUGGUAGUUGAUAUUGGCAGCUAUGGGCGUCACAGCGACAGCGCUAUUUUCGAAAAUUCCGCUUUUUUUCAGCAGUACAUUGAUGGAAAAACUAUUCUACCUUCGAAGCCACUCUCAGGUACCGAUAAUUCUGUUCCCCACGUAUUCAUUGGUGACGAAGGUUUUGCUCUCCAAACUUAUUUGAUGAGACCUUAUCCUAAAGCCACUAUGAUAAGUGACGUAAAAAAGAAAAAGUUCAAUAUGCGACUAAGCAGAGCGCGCCGUGUGGUCGAAAAUGCGUUUGGUAUAUUAGCUAUGAAGUGGCGAGUAUUCCUAAGAUCAAUAGAAACGGAUGUUAAAACUGCCGAAUGCAUUGUGAAAGCUGCAUGCUGCCUACAUAACUACAUUAUGAUUAAAAAUAAUAACACAUUCAUUGAAAGUGAGGAGCAAACUGAAACUAUUCGAGCUUUAUCGGACAUGAGAUCGACUAAUCGAAGGACAAAUACGGCUGCAUUUGAAAUUCGAGAACAGUUUGCGAGUUAUUUUAAAUAA